UUAAACAACAGGUGGCAGAAGAAAAUGUAUAAAAGAAAGUGAUGUUCUCUGUUCAUAUGAGUUGCUGACAACCAGAGAAGAGACGGAUAAUCAACAUAAUGUUUGUUAGAGUGUCUUACCUGUGUCUGGUCGGCUUGGUUUUGUUUGUGGCGUUGGAGACAGUUCUUUCGGAGGAAGAAAAUAUAAAGAAUCCUGACACCAGUGCACUUUUUAAAAGACGAUUGUCGAUGAGAGGAAGAAGGGUGGCCUUCACUGCAUAUCUCGGUAAUCAGAAAAUAAAGAGCAACAAGCAAGUCAUAAGAUACUCUCGUAUAGCCCUCAACAUAGGGAGAGCGUACAGACGUGGUAUUUUCCGCGCCCCCUCAAAUGGAGUGUAUGUCUUCUUCUUCACAUCCAUGCCACAACGAGGCAAAGGAGACGCUCUUUAGUUGAUGAAAAAUGGAAGACGAGUGGUCGAGUCUGUGUCCGGAAGAGUGUCGUCAGCUUACAACAUGGGAAGUAAUAUGGCAAUCCUGUACCUACGGCGACGCAACAAGGUUUGGGUUCAAACUUCCCCGACUUGGAAAUUCUCAAAGAUAUACAGAUACCAGUACUCAGCCAAUUCCUUUUCCGGCUUUCGUCUGUAUUAGUCAGUAGUAUGACAAAAAGCUGAUGCAAAAUAUAAUAAAUGAUUAAUCAUUAAAAAUAAA